GUAUGCGACCGAAUUGAUUUAUCAAAACUUGCCCAACCAGACGACGUAAAAACGACGCGCCACUGCAGCGUCACUGCAGUCUCUGCUCCGUCCGGUCGUCUUGGCCAUUCAGCGCGAUUGCGCAUUAUUUAUGCAACUCUCGUCACUAAGCCUGUGUCGCCUGAUGCAUAUGGAAUCUCAUUAGCCAACCGAGACGGAGACUCACCGACAGACUCUCUCAAUUUGGCUUCUCGUCAAACUGAACUCGUGGUCGGUCCCAGCUUCGAGUCCCGCAAGAAGUGGCCUCUGACCGUUUUCCUGUCUGAGUGGGUCGUCCUGUUGACCGGUGCCGCAGGCCCGAAUGAAACUGGCCGAUAAAUGCUUCGAGGAGGGACUCGUUCGAGCCGCGUCCAGGUCGCUUUGUUGGCCUCGAAAGUGUACAACCGUCCCACUUUUGCCGCAUCGCACGGACUCAACGGCGUCGUCUUGUCGUCGCAUCGUCUCUCGGAUUCGUUUCGACCGUAUUUUUCGCCCAAUUCACAGCCUCUCCCUCUCGAUCGUCUCAAUCACGAUGUCUCAUUCCAGCCCUCCAUCAGCUCCUCCCUUCGGCUCGCCAACUGCAUUAUCGUUCAGUUGUCGGGUCGUCUCUUUUUCUCGCUUCUCGUGUUGCCAACUGUCUUUCGGCCGAGACGGACCGGUCUAGCCCCCCCCCACCCCCCCACCCCCGAUGGAGAAGGAGUCAAUUCCGAUCGCCCGGCUACCGCAUAA